GAGAGACCGGGAACGGGGAGCGCGGCCGCCAGCACCCCCGAGCCGCCGCCGGACCCCCCGCCGCCCCGGGCUGCCCCCAGCCCCUCGCGGUCCCCGGUCUGUCCGUCUCGGGACAGUUCGAUUCCCUCCGGAGCCGGGGGAGGGACGGGGGGCCCAGGAGAGGGGGCCUCGGGCGCCCCGCCCGCGCCUGCUGCCCCCGCCCCAGCGGCGAUGCGCUCCUGGCAGUGACCCCCGCUGGGGGCGGGGGCCGGGGUCCAUGCGCGGAGCCCCGACCCGGCCCGGCGCCUGCCGCUGACGGCGGCGGGGGUGGGGGGGCGCGCUUCCAGCCUCCUGCCCACCCCCUGGCGUCGACACUGCGGGCCGUCUGGGGCUGCGGCCCCGGGCUGCGCCCUCCCCCGCGGCCAGGCUCUGGAGGGACCCGGGAGCUGCCGCCGGCCUCAGCCCAUGGCCCGGAGGUACGAUGAGCUGCCGCACUACCCAGGCAUCGCGGAUGGCCCCGCAGCCCUGGCUGGCUUCCCAGAGGCAGUGCCCGCGGCACCAGGGCCCUACGGCCCACACCGGCCUCCCCAGCCGCUGCCCCCAGGCUUGGACAGUGACGGCCUGAGGAGGGAAAAGGAUGAGAUCUAUGGACACCCACUCUUCCCCCUCUUGGCCCUGGUCUUUGAGAAAUGUGAACUGGCUACAUGCUCUCCCCGUGACGGGGCCGGAGCUGGGCUGGGGACACCCCCCGGCGGCGACGUCUGCUCCUCUGAUUCCUUCAACGAGGACAUCGCUGCCUUCGCCAAGCAGGUUCGCUCUGAGAGGCCCCUCUUCUCCUCCAACCCAGAACUGGACAAUCUGAUGAUCCAGGCCAUCCAAGUGCUGCGGUUCCAUCUGCUGGAGCUGGAGAAGGUCCACGACCUGUGCGACAACUUCUGUCACCGCUACAUCACCUGCCUCAAGGGAAAGAUGCCCAUCGACCUGGUCAUCGAGGAUCGGGACGGCGGCUGCAGGGAGGACUUCGAGGACUACCCAGCCUCCUGCCCCAGCCUCCCAGACCAGAAUAAUAUAUGGAUUCGAGACCAUGAGGAUAGCGGGUCUGUACAUCUGGGGACCCCAGGUCCAUCCAGCGGGGGCCUGGCCUCCCAGAGUGGUGACAACUCCAGUGACCAAGGAGAUGGGCUGGACACCAGCGUGGCCUCUCCCAGUUCUGGGGGGGAAGAUGAGGACUUGGACCAGGAGCGACGGCGAAACAAGAAGAGGGGGAUCUUCCCCAAGGUGGCCACCAACAUCAUGCGAGCCUGGUUGUUCCAGCACCUCUCGCACCCGUACCCCUCGGAGGAACAGAAGAAGCAGCUGGCGCAGGACACGGGGCUCACCAUCCUGCAAGUCAACAACUGGUUCAUUAACGCCCGGAGACGCAUCGUGCAACCGAUGAUCGAUCAAUCCAACCGCACAGGGCAGGGUGCAGCCUUCAGCCCAGAGGGCCAGCCCAUCGGGGGCUACACCGAGACGCAGCCACACGUGGCCGUCCGGCCUCCGGGAUCAGUGGGGAUGAGUUUGAACUUGGAAGGAGAAUGGCAUUAUCUAUAGAGGCUGGAUGCAGGAGAGGUAGACCCAGCCUCCAGCUGUGACCCCCAGCCUCACACCUGGCUCUGGUUCCUGCCUGGUCCUCCAGCUUCAGGACCCCACCUCCAAAGGCCCCUCCGCUCAACACCUACCUCCCUAGGGCCCUGCUGGGACAUAAGUGCCCACCCAAGAGGCUCUCAAGGACACCGGCAAGGCCUCCAGGCCCUGAGCCCCACUUCUGCCUUCACCUCUGCCUGGGACCUGAGCUGGGCUCCUGGGCCUUGCCAGAAGAUAGCGGCUAGGGCCUCGCCGCCAGGACAGAGAAGGGACGGGGUGGCUGGGCAGUCAGGGAAAGAGGGUUGCCCGGAUCCGACAUUUUGGAGAGAUUCCUUCACCCUCCUGUCCCCCCACCUCCCUUCUCUAAUUUCCUUGUUUUUUUAAUUAUAAAGUCUUAAAAACAC